UGUCUAGUUAAAAAAUAUCUGAAGUCUGCCUCAAAGAGGGUACCAUGUGAUAAGUACUCAUUACCUAUUGAAUAAGUAAUGUGUAUGCCAAUAUAGGCAUGCUAGAAUUUUCUUAAUAAAGACCACUGUUAGCUUAUUUUGGGGCCUCUCCACUGGGAGCUGCAAACAAUCUCUUUAAAGUGUUAAAAAGCAAAGAUGUCACCUUGAGGACUAAGGCAUGCCUGAUGCAAGCCAUGGUGUUUUCAAUUGCUUCAUAAGAAUGCGAAAGAUAAACAAUGAAUAAGCAAGACCGAAGAACUGACACAUUUGAGUUAUGGUGUGGGCGAAGGAUGUUGAAUAUACUAUGGACUGCCAAAAGAAUGAACAAAUCUGUCUUGGAAGAAGUACGACCAGAAUGCUCCUUAGAAGCAAGGAUGGCGAGACAACAUCUCACAUACUUUGGACAUGUUGUCAGGAGGGAUCAGUCCCUGGAGAAGGACUUCAUGCUUGGUAAAGUAAAGGACCAGAGAAAAAGAGGAAGACCCUCAACGAGAUGGAUUGACAUAGUGGCUGCAAGAACAGGCUCAAGCGUAACGACGAUUGUGAGGAUGGCACAGGAUCAGGCAGCAUUUCAUUCUGUUGUACAUAGGGUUUCUGUGAGUUGGAACCAAUUUGAUGGCACCUAACAGAAACAACAACAACUACCAGAAGCGGAGUCCUGAUGACACAGUGGCUAAGAUCUUGGCUGCUAAUCAAAAGGCAGCAGUUCAAAUCCACCAGCUGUUCCUUGGAAACCCUAUGGGGCAGUUCUACCCUCCCCUGUAGGGUUGCUAUGAGUUGAAACUGACUCAUCAGCAAUGGGUUUUCUACUAGAAGCAUGCUUCAGGUUAGGUCGGGGGAGGCAGAAGAGUUGACCCUAAAACAACUUAUAAAAUGGGACAUGAUUUCAACAAUGUUUAUAAUAUAUGUUAAAUUGACAGCAAUUAGAGCUAGAUUGUAGACUCAUUAGUAACAACGGUAUAAAACAUGUGAUUGAAAUAGGUAUGGCCAGGUUGUGGAUGCAAAGAGAAGGUAAACAAGCAUUGAUAUGUUUGAUGAUUGCUUCUCCACUAACCAAUUGCACAGGAUUCGCUCUCAUGUUCACUUCACUUGAAGUUAGAAGCUGGCUAUGACUCUGAAGUUCCUCAUAUUAAAUCUUUACUAUUGUUCCAAACAGAUCCUGUAAGAAACAAUAAUCGAGGAUGAGAAAUCAAACAGCACUAACAACCUUCAUCUUGCUGGGACUGACAGAUGAUCCUCAGCUGCAAAUUCUGAUCUUUAUCUUUCUAUUUCUUUCCUAUAUGUUAAGUGUAACUGGAAACCUAACCAUCAUCAUCCUCACUCUGGUGGAUUCUCACCUUAAAACACCAAUGUAUCUUUUCCUUCAAAAUUUCUCCUUCUUAGAAAUUUCAUUCACAACUGCUUGUGUUCCCAGAUUCUUGUAUAGCAUAUCUUCUGGGGACAGGUCCAUCACCUAUGGUGCUUGUGCCAGUCAACUCUUAUUUAUAGACCUCUUUGCAGUAACAGAAUUCUUUCUCCUGGCCACCAUGUCCUAUGAUCGCUAUGUGGCCAUCUGCAAACCACUGCAUUACACAACCAUCAUGAGCAACAGAGUAUGCAAGAACUUCAUCCUCUUUUGUUGGGCAGCAGCACUGGUGAUCAUUCUUCCACCAAUUAGUUUGGGUUUGGGCCUGGAGUUCUGUGAUUCUAACGUCAUUGAUCAUUUUUGCUGUGAUGCAUCUCCUAUCCUGAAGAUCUCUUGCUCAGACACAUGGCUGAUAGAACAGAUGGUUAUCGCGUGUGCUGUGUUGACAUUCAUCAUCACCCUCAUGUGUGUAGUUCUUUCCUACAUCUAUAUCAUCAGGACAAUCCUAAGGUUCCCCUCUGCCCAGCGAAAGAAAAAGGCAUUCUCCACUUGUUCUUCCCACAUGAUUGUUGUUUCCAUUACUUAUGGUAGCUGCAUCUUCAUUUAUGUCAAACCUACGGCCAAGGACGAGGUGGCAAUUAAUAAAGGCAUUUCACUCCUUAUUACUUCUAUUUCACCAAUGUUGAAUCCCUUUAUUUACACACUGAGAAACAAGCAAGUGAAGCAAGCUUUCAAUGACUCAAUGAAAAAAAAAUGCACUCUUCUCAAAGAUGUGAAGGUAAAAGGAAGGUUGAUGAAUCCAAUUAAAAGAGAGGAUGAAUGGUCACAAACCUGA